CCCACGUUUGCCGCUCUCCUGCAAUCGCGCACACGAAUAAGGAAAAUAAUACUAAUAGAAUAGUAGUAGAAUAUACUCUCACGCUUUGCAUUGCUACGCUUCCGCUCCCGUGCCGUGCCAUGGCGCCGCUCGUGUCGCUCUCGCUCCCCCUCCCGUGCGCGGUGCCCGCCUCGUCGCUCCCUCCGCGCGCGGAGCCAGACGCCUCGUCGUCCUUCCACCCGCCCGCGUCGUCUUCGUCGUCGCCGCGCGGCGGCCGGCUUGCGCUGGCCGCGGCGCAACCGGGCUCCGGGCGCCGUUGGGUAGGGAGGUGGAGGGCGGGCGUGUCGUCCUUCUCCUUCCUGGCGCCGUUCUUCGCGGGGAACAAGGAGAAGGAGAACCGCGAGAAGGCGGAGAGGCUCAAGGAAGAGCUCCUCGCCACCAUCAGGCCGCUCGACCGCGGCGUCGACGCCACGGCGGAGGACAAGGAGCGCGUCGAGAAGAUUGUUCAGCAACUGGAGGAGGUGAACCAAGUGAAGGAGCCACUCAAGUCUGAUCUCCUCAACGGCAAAUGGGAGCUUCUCUACACCACCUCAGAAUCCAUACUGCAACCACAGAGGCCAAAGUUUCUGAGGCCGUUUGGGACGAUUUACCAAGCAAUCAAUACUGACACUUUAAGAGCCCAAAAUAUGGAGACGUGGCCCUAUUUUAAUCAGGUUACUGCCAACUUGGUACCUCUCAAUUCUAGAAGAGUGGCAGUUCGGUUUGAUUACUUCAAAAUAUUUAAUUUGAUUUCAAUCAAAGCACCUGGCAGUGGUAAAGGUGAACUAGAAAUUACAUAUCUUGAUGAAGAGCUCAGGGCCUCAAGAGGCGAUAAGGGGAAUUUGUUCAUACUGAAAAUGGUUGACCCAACAUACAGAGUUCCAUUGUAAUAAUUUCUAAAUGCUGAUGUGCACUACAGCUACUAUGGCAAUUAGGUCCCAGCUGUCCCAAGUAUUCUUUUUCAGUCCUGAUGUAUUCUAAGACAUGUAAAUAUGAAUAUUUGAGCAUAGUUCUUAUAGGAUACAAUACAUCAAAAACUGAAUCAACUCGAUAUGUAUAGAGCAAUGGGAUGGUCAGUUCAUUCAUCCAAAUUCUAUAAUGAAUAUCUGCAUAACUAGGCAUA